AUAAGAGAAUAUUCCACGAAUAUGCUUCCCCUCCUCCCCUAUAAAAGGAGGACUCCCCCUCAAUGUUAAGGGGGGCCAUUCACUCAUUCAUCUCCUGCAUAUCUCUAUCUCCCUCUUUAGAAAGUUUUUAGAGUGUUUUUCCUUCUUCUUCAAGAGCUUCUAGCUCCACCAUUAAUGGCUUCCAAGCCCAUUUCAUGUACCGUGUACACACCCCCGAUAUUAAUAAAAAUCCCCCGUUGCCAAGGUACUGCCAAAAAAGUCCCGUGGUUUUCUCCCGAUUUGGGUUUCCACGUCAAAAUCCCUGUGUUUAUAUUUUGGUGUACUUUUAGACUAGUUUAUCGUUUUUGCCGGGCUAAAAACGAUAUACCGGUCGAUAAUUUACACCAUCAUUUUGGCGCCACCCGUGGGACCCGAACAAAAAGUUGUGUUUUUUGUUCGGCCAAUUUUUUCCCUUACCACACGAAGUGAGCAAAAAUAAAAAAUAAGAGGGAGAGAGCCAUCUGUACAAAAAAAAGAGAGGAAGAGAGAUGUUGGGGAAGGAACGAAAAAGAUAAGGGAAGAAAAGGGGAAUCAAUUGGGGGCUUUCCUUCAAAAAUCCAAAAUGGCAAAGAGAAGUCGCCGCCCCACAAGGAGAAGCCGCCGCUGCACGAUCUUGUUAAAUUGCCGACCUCCGCCAAUUCGGCCAGCCGUAUCACCAAAAUCGCUGUCACCACCGAAGAAUUCGAUCUCUGCCGCUGUCCUUAGUUGCAGCCUAGCUUCAUUCCCAGGUGAAUCGCGCCAUCGUCGGCUCGCCGUUGAAGCCAGCAGCCGGAACUGCCACCACCGUUCCUGGCGAGAGGGAGAAAAGUUUUACAAAACAAAAGAGGCGUGAAAUUAGCAAAUUGCCAAAUCCCCCACCAGAUCCUGUGCGACCUUGGAUCGCCGGCCUCCACUCUUUGGCUCUGCCGUCACCAUUGACGUUGCAUGAAGCUACUGCUGAAAUUGCAAGGCCGCCAAGAUCGUCUUCAUCACUAAAGCACUCACUGCCGUCGCCCUUGAUCGCAGCCCAAUUUCCAGAGACGAUUUGCAUACUCCGUUAAAAAAAUGGAGGAAAGAAUGGAAUGAAGGAAUGAUCGGGGAUCACCCCUGUCCGAGAAGUCGCGCACUAGCCGAGAUAAGCGCCAUCCUCAAUUCCGUCCGUCGCCACAAGGAUGUGAUCCGCCUCUGGAGGACUUCGUCCAGACUUGCCAUCGCUGCUCAAACCCGCCGCAAUCACCACCACAAUCAACACCAAGACACCGAUGAGGUGAUGCCGGAGCAGAAAAAGAGCUGUACCGGCCCAAUAGAUGGAUUUCCGGCAGUGGAUCCGAUCCACCCUCACCUGAAAACAGCUUUAUUAUGGGAAGAGAUUACUCGUCAUUUUUACUAAAAUCUGUCAUCAACUCUAGGCGAAUAUCCAUGCGCCCAUACUCUCAUUGAGGUCCGCCGCUGGUGCCGCCACCGUUGCUGAAGCUAACCGCUCCUACACCGAUGCACCGUUGAAGCCAACAUCACCAUUGCUUCUCACUUAAGCCAGCGACUCCACAGCUUUUAGGAAUCGAGGUUCUAGAACUUUCAGGCGUUUCAAAGAUGUCGCCCACUCUUUGUGCUGAGAUGUUCUCGCCGCUGCUCAAUUUCGCAACCGUUGUUGUCGAGAUCGGCCGGGAGAAUUGUAGGUCAUCUCCGGAUUAACUACCAUUGGUGGCCCCAAAUUAUUGCAAGGAGAGCCAUUGGUUCAUUAUCAAGAUUAUCUAUCACUGUCAAAGACAAUAGCAAAGUGUGGAUUCACUCAUGGUCAUGGGGAAAAAUCCAAGUGCUUACAAAUAAAGUUUAUACGGAGUAUAUUCAAGGGUGUUAAAGUGAAUGCAUGUACCAAAAAGAGGACAAAGUGGCGACGUGGGGAAAUAAUGCAAGAUUGAGGAUGGUGGGGUCUGUUGAUUCCAUUAACUUUUGAAAUACACCAAUUGAGAAACACUCACUACAGUGUUCACGUGCUAUCAGGCUCCACAAUUGAACUAUGACAUAUUCUCAAACAAAUUGUCCAGUUGAAUACACCGAUCAUGUAUCGGUCUGCGACAUCUUCGGAGGGAAGACUGAGACACAAGCCGAGCUUGGUACGCUGGUUACUACACCGGUCUUGCUCAGUAUUAAAAAAAAGAGGAAGACUGAGACACAUGCCCGGCCUGGCACGCUGGUUACUACACCGGUCUUGCUCAGUAUAAUAAAAAAUAUUAAAAUAUGUGACACAGGCCCGACCUAGCACGCUGGUAAAUAUCAUUCUUGUGCGCGAGACAGGCCAAGAAUGAUAUACACACCGGUCUUGCACAUAUUUUCUCGUAAGUCUCACCCCAAUCGAAUUGGGUACACCGGUGGCUCAGCUGAGCCCUUAUCGGGGACGCCCGAUUCUUCAAGCCUUUUGAACAAGGCACUCCGGAAGUGGUCUCUGCAUGACAUGAAGAUAUUUGCAUCAGUUAGCCGGGCUAGCAUCGAUCUUCGACAAAGUUGCUGCAACAUACUUAAUUCGUAUUAAGUAACAUCGAUUACUUCGAUAUACUAAUUUCGCUAUGUAUCGUUUACUUAAUCCGUACUGACAUCGGUCUCGACGAAAUAACUACUUGAAGCAUCUCCGCUUCAUCGUACUAACUCCGGUGUCGUAUAACUACUCGAAGCAUCGUUGCUUUAUCGAACUGACAUCGCUCUUGUUACGAUAAUUAUUCACGCGAAUUUUAACCACCCUAACACCGAGCUCCUCGGUAAAGAUAAUAAUUAUUUGAGCACGGCAUAUGCCGGUCAAAAAAAAAAAUUGUACAUAUUAUGUUUGCAGGAAGACCUUCUGAUUCAAGAAAUUAGAGAAUUAAUGAAGACUCAGAGGACUAGCAAUAAUAUCAACCGGUCAAGAAUCCAAAGUACGAAGACUAAAGAUUACACUCGGAGGACUUAUUUACUUUUUUAAGUUGAUGAUUCUCACAACUUAAAAAAGUGGAAGACUUCUUAAUGGGAAAUAAUACGUGGCUCGACCCAUAUUUCCCAAUUAUUUACGAAGAACAGUCAAACCGGACUUGUUUAAUAAAAUGGAGGAAUAAGAGAGUAUUCCCCGAAUAUGCUUCCCCUCCUCCCCUAUAAAAGGAGGAAUCCCCCUCAAUGUUAAGGGGGGCCAUUCACUCAUUCAUCUCCUGCAUAUCUCUAUCUCCCUCUUUAGAAAGUUUUUAGAGUGUUUUUCCUUCUUCUUCAAGAGCUUCUAGCUCCACCAUUAAUGGCUUCCAAGCCCAUUUCAUGUACCGUGUACACACCCUCGAUAUUAAUAAAAAUCCCCCGUUGGCAAGGUACCGCCAAAAAAGGCCUGUGGUUUUC